AUGCCUUCAAUGUGGAAGACUCCCCAUGGGUCAGAUGCAAUGCCUGAGAGGAUGGUGAAAAUCAUCGGAAGUAAACACUCUCAGUACCUCACAGAGAAGCCCAAGAUCAAGAAGAAUGAGAACCUGAAGCCAGAAACUUGAAGAGUGCUCCAGAAAUCUGUGACUAGUAAUACAAAGCAGAUGAGCAGAGACCCCCCCGGUCCCAGCAGGCUCACUGAUCAUCAAAUCAAUCAUGACCCAGAUGAUGGGGAAGAGAGCAAGCACCCAGAGAAGUACCAGAAACCAAAGAACAACCAGAAACUCCUAACAGGAGCACUCAGUAGCAGAUUUCUGGAUGGCACAGUUCCCAAUCAGGCAAAUGUCCAUUGCAGCUCUGUACCAACUGGAGACUAGUCUCUGUCCUAUAUCCAUGGCCUCCCCAGGAGGAAACUUAGAGACUGGUCCUUGGAACAGAUGGCAAAGGGAGGCUCUGACCAACCUGAGGAUAUUGGCCACAGGCAAAGUGGAACAACAAACAAAGACACUUUUCUUCUCUCCCUGACCAAACUAGAACUCAAGUCAUACUCUUUGAGUGUGUACUUACUAGACAAGCUUUGAAAAGAGCUGAAAGUCCUGGAUCCUAUCUCCUCAGGAUUGCUCCUUCUAUCUCAGUUGAGUCGCCUCUUCCUGAGGCAUGAAGUCCCUCUACAGUUACCAACAGUCAGGAUUGUCUGCCAGAGGUUUUCUAGGGGGGACUCCGCUGAAAUGGUGAACUAUGAAGAGCUACUCUGUUUUUUAAAAGUUGCAGCUUCAGAUGACUCACCACAAAGCAAGAGAGUUGUGGACAGCACCCUGAGGAAAGCUGAGGCAGCUUUGAGUGGAUCAUCUUUUCACAGACUUUCCCCUGCCCCUCCAAGCAGUACUGCCCCUCAAGACUCCAGCUCACAGUCAGAAUUGAGCAGGAGCCUGUUAGAGAUCUUAAAGAUUGCACUAAGGACAACCAAUGGCAACCUCAACCUAGAGAGCCUUAAUCUGAGUCUUUGAAAAGAUCUCAAUCACUCAUUCUCCAGCUACCUGCCCCCACCCAAGGUCAGGCUUAUAUGUGGGAAACAUGGAUUAUAUGUGACUUUGAGCCUCCUGAAAACAUUGCUUAACCAAGAUUUGGCUUACCAAAAUGAAAUAAAAUGGCAGAAUUUUGUUGAGUUGUUGAGCAAAGCUUUCUCAGAUUUGUCCUCUGAUUUGCCUACAGGAAAAAAAGGAAAGGAAACCUCAGCCACUUCAGUGCAGGCUGAAGUUCCAGCUAUGUCUCAAGGCAAAACUGAACAUAUGAAAUCUCCAGAAGAGGAGUUGCAGCCAGAAAAUCUCCCCACUGAGACUUCAGCCCCCAAAGAUCCCCUGGGCUCUCUGAUAAUCAGACCAGUCUUGUAGACUUUUGUGAGUCCAGCAAUGAAGAAUAAGUCUGCAGAAUAUGAGAUGUGGAUCAACAGGUUCAGGAAGCUAGAAAAUGUCCUCUACCUAUGUGACCUGAGUAAUACAGGAGUCCUGGAGAAGGAACAAGCCUGGUGCCUCAUUCACAACUACAAUCUCAUUUACAACCUGUUCCUGAGCCCUUGGAAAAUCGACCAGGCCUUGAGGAGGUUUCGUUCGGGAGAAAAUAUGCUGUUGGAACCAGCACUCUGGUACUUAAAGGAGCUAUGA